AUGACUCCACUCGCUCAAGGAACUCUAUCUGCACCUACAACUCAUAGAAACAUGAUCAUGUGGUAUCCAGAGCCCAGGUUGAAAGAGUACCUAAGGGGUAUCGUUCCGAGUACAGUGCGGCUGACUGUGGGUGGUUUAGAACGAUCAAUAAAGCAGUUCUUGGGCAGACAAGAAGGGUGGACCAUGGCUGAUUUCUCUACGACAAAUCUUCCUGUACUUACCGACAAGAAUUGGAGUAGGUGGAGUACGCAGAUGCGUGUGUUGUUUCGCGUUCAAAAUGUGAGCAGUGUGGUAGAAGGAGAUAACUUCGUUAGUGAUAUUCGUGGUUCAGAAGAUCAGAAGGAGAUUCUAAGAGAGAAAGAUGAUAAAGCCUUGCUGAUCAUUCACCAAUGUGUGGAUGAUAUGCAUUUCGAGAAGAUACAAAAUGCAUCUACAGCUAGAGAAGCGUGGGAGAUAUUGGUACACUGCCAUUCUGGGGGAGAGAAAAUCAGAAAAGUGAAACUCCAGACGCUGCGGAGACAAUACGAACUGGCACAAAUGGAGGAUAGUGAUAAGGUUAGUGAUUAUUUCACUAAAAUUCUGAGUAUUACUAACCAGAUGAAGAGAUGUGGCGAGUCCAUUAGUGAUUUCAUGAUAGUUGAAAAGAUUAUGCGGUCUCUACCUCAGCGGUUCGAUUACAUUGUUGUGGCAAUUGAAGAAUCAAAAGAUACAGAGAAGAUGAAGAUUGAGGAACUACAAAGUUCCUUAGAGGCGCAUGAAAUGAGAUUGAUAGACCGAAAUCCCGUAAAGAAUGAUGAGCAAGCACUCAAGGCGCUGUAUGUCAGAAAUGAAGAGAAAAAGAAGUUCAAGAAGUGGAAAGGAAAACCAGCAAGAGGAAAAUGGAAAAAUGAGUAUAAUGCAAAUGAGCAAGAUGAAAAGGUUGAAUGUCCUGAAGGCAAGAAUGGUUCUGAUAAGAACAUAAAGAAGAAAGAUAGGAGGAAUGUAGAAUGCUUUAGUUGUCACAAGAUGGGGCAUUACGCAUUCGAAUGUUACUCAAAUAAAGGUAAACAAAAGAAGAAACAACAAAGCAAAGAGGCGUAUCUGGCUCAAGAGGACUCUGACUCAGAACCAUUGACGCUGAUGGUAACAACAACAACUGAUAAUUCACAAUCAUUUGUGAAAUCAUGGUAUUUGGACUCGGGGUGCUCAAAUCACAUGACAUGCAACAAGGAGUGA